UGCUGUCACACUGAAAAUCAUUUCCUUCUAUUUUGUGUUUCAGGAAUGCAUUUCAAGAAAUAUCUUGCGUACUUCACUUGCAACUUCCGAAAUAUAAAUUUUAGUAUUCAAGUGAUUUUUCUGUAUCCUUAGACUAGUGGUUGGAUAACAAUGAGUGUUGUUCGUGAUCAGCGUCCCCUUAGAUUUGAGAAAGCUCCCGAAAGUAAAGGUGAACUCAAAAAACGUAAGGAGAUAGAAGAAUUUAUUGAAAAAAGCAUCGACCAACAUCUUUCGUUGGAAGUGCUUGUGAAGUUGUCUGUUACGCCUCACGGAUUGGUUGACGACCAUUUGCGCAGAAUUUUGUGGCCGCAGUUAGCGGGUGUCGACGUAAACAGCUUAGAACAAGCUCCAACUCUUGACGAGUUGCAGUCCCACCCUGAAUAUAAUCAGGUUGUGUUGGAUGUAAAUCGCUCUUUAAAGAGAUUUCCACCUGGUAUUCCGUAUGAGCAACGUAUUGCACUGCAAGACCAACUUACUGUUCUUAUUUUACGUGUAAUCCAUAAGUAUCCUAAUUUGCGGUAUUAUCAAGGCUAUCAUGAUGUCGCUGUCACAUUUCUGUUAGUGGUUGGUGAACAAAUAGCUUAUGCUAUAAUGGAACACCUCUCCCAAACGCAUUUCUCAGAAUGUAUGCAGGAGACCAUGGAAGCAACCCAGAGACGACUUAUGUUUAUUUGGCCCGUCAUAAAGUUUGAAAAUCCAGAACUUUAUAAGUUUCUGCAAAGGUCAACGGUCGGAACUUUAUUCGCGUUGCCAUGGUAUUUGACUUGGUUUGGUCACAGUUUAAAUUCCUACAAAGCUGUAGUCCGUUUAUAUGACUAUUUUUUAGCAUCGCCUAUUUAUACACCUAUAUUUGUAACAGCUGCCAUUCUACUGUAUCGGUCUGAUGAAAUACUGAAAGAAGACUGUGAUAUGGCAUCAGUACAUUGUCUCUUAUCAACGCUACCCGAUCAUUUACCAUUUGAAGAGCUUUUAAAAACUUCUAACAAACUUAUGAAAAAGUAUAGCUUAACAGUAGUAGAGCAAGAUGUUGAAAAUAUCAUUUACCAAGAAAAAAAACAACGGCAAGCUGAGGAAAAUAUGGUUAUAGAACGACGGCAAAAGAUAUCUGGACCAGUCACUGCAAAUAAAAUUUCUACCAUCAGCGAAUGGUUUCCAAAUAUGUUUACUUCGAAGUCAGUGAUAUUGACAACUGCGGUUUCUAUUAUAGUUGGUGUAUGUGCAUAUUAUUACAAGAAUCAGUACUUGGCUGCAGGAAUAAGCUGAGUUUUAACUACUUAUUCUUGUCUUCAUUUAAACAUGAUCUAUAUUUUGCGGUUUAAUCCAAUUUUGCCGAAAUUUAGUUUAAUGAAAGGUGUUCGGUUUGUUGUAAAAUACGAUUAAUAAAAUAAUUCUUGAUAUAACAA